ACUAACAAAGUCAAUGCUGCGCCUGUGAAAAGCUUGUGAAAAGCUUGUUCCGCAAAAAAGCAACUUGAUUCCUUUGGAAUCAUCAUGAUGACGAAAUUCCGGCGAAACCGCCUCUCGCCGGAUUUCAGCUGCCGCAUAAAGCGUGUGUGAGCAACCUUUGACAUAAUUAAGAGACUUUGCCACAACCUGCUUCGCCAAGCCGUAAAGGUGGACCUUCGACGACCACACACUCCUGCUCUGAGCCUGCCUGUUCUCUCUUUCUAGAGUACCUUCCUGCCUUGACGGGCUGUUUAAGCGACCGACAGUCCAGCGAAGGUGGGUGGCCAGGACAGACGUAAAGUGGACUGACACCCGUGGGGUUGUUCACUCCCGUUUCAGCGCUGCGGUGGUGUGGCGUAACACUAGAGUUGCAGCGGGCAUCAGGCCGUUAUUGUCUGUUCGGCUUGCGAUGACUUCAGCCGCCGAGCGUGACCGAUUGCUUGCGCCGCAUCAGCAUCACAUGCCGCCGGAGUACUGGACAGAUUACAUGUGGCUGGUGAUUGUGGGCUUCAUUGUCUCAUUUAUCAUGGCCGCCGGCAUCGGUGCCAAUGAUGUGGCCAACGCCUUCGGCACCUCCGUCGGCGCCAAGACCAUUACCCUGAAGCAGGCUUGCCUCAUCGCUUCCGUCUUCGAGUUCGCCGGAGCCAUCGGCCUGGGUGGCGAGGUGACCAAGACCAUCGCUGGCUCCAUCGCUCGCCCCACCGCGUUCCAGGACCUCCCAGAGAUGUUCGCGUACGGCAUGAUGUGCGCGCUCAUUUCCGCCUCUACCUGGGUGUUCACCGCUACCUACUUUAGCCUGGCCGUGUCCACCACUCACUCCGUCAUCGGCGCGGUGAUGGGCUUUGCCCUGGUGUGGGGUGGCUCUGGCGCCGUGGUGUGGAACGACCACAUGGACGCCUUCCCCUACUCGAAGGGUCUGGUGCCCGUCAUCUGCUCCUGGUUCGUGUCGCCCCUCAUGUCGGGCAUUGCGUCUGCCAUCAUCUUCUGGCUCAACCGCGUGUGCAUCCUCCGCCGCGAGAACUCGACCAACCUGGCAAUCUACAUGUACCCCCUGCUGGUUGGUGUCACCGUGUUCAUCAACGUUUUCUUCGUGAUCUACAAGGGAGCCAAGAACGUGGCUCACUGGGACUCGAACAAGGCCGCCUGGGUGGCUGCGUGCAUUACUGCUGGCUGCAUGCUUCUCGCCAUCUUCCCCGGCAUGUGGCUGCUGCGCCGUGCCGUCACCAAGGACAUGGACCGGGCUGCCCAGAAGGCUGCUGACGCCGAGGCCAACGCCGGCAAGCCCAAGGAGGAGGAGGUGGAGGCUGAGCCCACCUCCAAGGCCAUGAAGAUCUUCAACUCGAUGAAGAAGGCUGCCACCCGCGGCCUGAACGUCGACAUUCACGAGCACGUGGAGCACGACCAGACCAUCCACGACAUGCACGCUGCCGCCGAGGUGUUCUCCCCCGAGACCGAGCAGGUGUACAAGUACCUGCAGGUCUUCUCUGCCUGCGCCGUGUCUUUCGCGCACGGAGCCAACGAUGUCGCCAACGCUGUCGGCCCCUUCUCCGGCAUCUGGUACGUGUACCGUUUCUGGACCAUCACGUCCAACGGCGACACCCCCAUCUGGGUGAUGGCCAUGGGCGGCGCCGGCAUUGUGGUGGGCCUGGCUACCUACGGCUACAACAUCAUGAUGACUCUGGGCGUGGGCCUGGCCAAGAUGACGCCGUCCCGCGGUUUCUCGGCUGAGCUGGGCACUUCGUUCACCGUGUCGCUGGCCUCCGUGUACGGCCUGCCCAUCUCCACCACCCAGUGCAUCACCGGCGCUGAGAUGGGCGUGGGCCUGGUCGAGGACCUGCGCAGCGGCGUGAACUGGAAGCUGUUCGCCAAGCAGGUCGUUGCCUGGAUCUUUACCCUGAUUGUGUCGGGCUUCCUCUGCGCUGCCAUCUUCGCGUACGGCGCCUACUCGCCGUCUCUGACCAUGUCCAAGGACAUCGCCAAGUACAAGAAGGGCAUGACGAACGUGACGGUGACCCUGUACGCCCAGCUGACCAAGGAGAACAUCGCCGUGAACAAGACCUUUGGCCCGGCUUACUUCGACAAGUACCUGAACGCCACCAUCGCUUCCCAGACCAAGGCCCUGACCGCCAUGCUCAACACCAAGAACAUCGGCUACGUUGACCCUCCGAUGCUGAUUGCCCAGAUGAACGCUGCCAUCACGACCUACCAGAACAACUCUGCCCUCACCACUGGCUUCAACAGCAGCAGCCGCGCCUACGUGCCCGCUGGCCAGCCGUACGCUGCCACGACCAUCCAGGUGCAGCCCUGGCCCACGGCGGCACCUGCUGGCGGGCGGUAAAGCUACCAUAGUGGUUGCGCAUUACAGGCACGGACCGCGUACAUCAAAUGAACCGGGACGAGCGUGUUAGUUGCUUGGACGUGGUGUGAUGCGGGCGGUAGGGAAGAGCGGUGACGUGAUAUCUUGUGAGCAUUUGAGGCUCUCGCCCGCGGAGCUCUUGACCCUCGGUUUGGACACGGCGUCUUGUGAGCCCUGCACCCACGUUGGGGAGGUUGAGGGUUCACGUGAUGCAUUGUCAGCUUCUUGCAUUCCCCAUCGCAUACAUUAAUACAUAGGAGUAUGCAUGGACCGACAUUUUUUUGCCAGUCAAGGUGGCUGGGUUGAUAACGACUCGGGAGGGGAGGGCUCAGCCCUUUUCCCUCCCUAAGGCAGCCACCUCCUUGUUUGCCAGAGCGGUUUGUUGCAUAGACAACGGCAUGGCCCGCCAGCCCUUGCUGUGAUACUACAAAUAAGUUUGGUUGCUGUGCCCGGUGCUGGCCCAUAUGGUAGCCCGCAGACGCGCGAGGGGCGCAAAGGUUCGUAGGUGAAAGCUUGUCGCCGCGCGUGCGGCGAACAAUACAUGAGGCGGUAUGUCGCAGUAAUCGUUUGUGUGGUUCCAGAUCCGGAACACUGCAGGUGGACAAUAGUGAAUCGUAUGCGUGAGAACUGGAUUAAAACUGAAGCUUGAUGAACUUGUAACCCGUUCGCCAG